UUCAGUGUAGAAGACUCAAAAUCCAUUUCUGGAGACGAAGAGAAAGUGGCAGACGGUGGAAGAAGAAGAAGACGAUUUCUGCAGAGACUCGAAGGAAGAAGCGGAUUACUCGUAGCUUUUUCCGUUUUUUAUCGCUUGGUUUCAGAGAUUUGGACGAAGAAGUCGACAUUUCAGUUCUGUUCCCGUAUUUUGUUGCGGAUAUUUCGAAUUUUUGAGAUCUAGGGAUGGCCAACUUGGGUGGUGGUGCGGAGGCGCAUGCCAGGUUCAAGCAGUAUGAGUACAGAGCAAAUUCCAGUCUUGUUCUUACCACUGAUCAGCGUCCUCGUGAUACCCAUGAGCCGACCGGAGAGCCGGAAACCCUCUGGGGCAAGAUCGAUCCCAAAUCCUUUGGGGAUCGCACUGCGAGAGGGAGGCCUCCGGAGUUAGACGAGAAGAUUAAGAAAUCUAAGAAGAAAGAGCGUGAUGCUGCGGCUGAUGCUGCUCCUGCCCGGCAGAGUAAGAAACGUCGGCUCGGAGAAGAGAGCGUGCUGAACAUGUCUGAUGAUGGGCUUUACCAGCCAAAGACUAAGGAGACGAGGGCUGCUUACGAGGCCAUGCUUAGCCUUAUUCAGCAGCAACUGGGUGGGCAGCCUCAAGAUAUCAUUCGAAGUGCCGCAGAUGAGAUUUUAGCCGUUCUCAAGAACGAGACCAUAAAAAACCCAGAUAAAAAGAAAGAGAUCGAGAAGUUGUUGAAUUCUGUUCCUAACCAGUUUUUCGACCAGCUUGUUCACAUUGGGAAGAUCAUCACUGAUUACCAAGAAGGCGGGGAUUCCGGUGCUAAUGGUGACGGGGGGCUCGAUGGUGAUGUGGGUGUGGCUGUUGAGUUUGAAGAGAAUGAAGAGGAAGAUGACGAAAGCGAUCUUGAUAUGGUCCAAGAGGACGACGAUGAGGAGGAUGAAGAUGUCGCAGAACCUAACAGAUCUGGGGCAAUGCAGAUGGGUGCCAUUGAUGAUGAAGAUGCUGGGGAUGCAAAUGAGGGUAUGAAUCUUAACGUUCAGGACGUUGAUGCAUAUUGGCUCCAGCGAAAGAUAUCCCAAGCUUUCGAACAGCAGAUCGAUCCGCAGCAGUGCCAGAUACUUGCCGAAGAAGUGCUUAAGAUUCUUGCCGAGGGAGAUGAUAGAGAGGUGGAGAACAAGCUGCUUUUCCACCUUCAAUAUGACAAGUUUAACCUUAUCAAGUUUCUGCUCCGGAAUCGUCUCAAAGUCGUGUGGUGCACUCGUCUGGCUAGGGCAGAAGGCCAGGAAGAAAGAAAGAAGAUUGAGGAGGAAAUGAUGGAUUUGGGUCAAGAGUCGGCUGCUAUAGUGGAGCAGUUGCAUGCAACGAGAGCAACCGCUAAGGAGAGGCAAAAGAACCUGGAGAAAAGUAUUAGAGAAGAAGCCCGCAGGCUGAAGGAUGAAACCGGCGGAGAUGGAGACAGAGGAAGGAGAGACCUUGCUGAUAGAGAUUUCGAGAGUAAUUGGUUGAAAGGACAGCGCCAGAUGCUGGACCUGGAGAACCUGUCUUUCCAACAAGGUGGUCUCUUUAUGGCGAAUAAGAAAUGUGAACUCCCUGGUGGUUCUUACAAACGUCAAGGCAAGGGAUUUGAAGAGGUUCAUGUGCCGGCAGCGGCUCCAAAACCAUUGGGUAGUAACGAGAAAUUUGUAAAGAUAUCUGAUAUGCCAGAUUGGGCCCAACCAGCUUUUAGGGGGAUGCAGCAAUUGAACAGAGUUCAGAGCAAGGUUUAUGAAACUGCUCUGUUUAAGGCAGAGAACAUUCUGCUAUGUGCCCCUACUGGUGCGGGGAAAACCAAUGUUGCGGUGCUCACCAUACUGCAGCAGCUCGCAUUGAACAGGAACCCAGAUGGAACAUAUAACCACGGGAAUUACAAGAUUGUCUACGUUGCACCUAUGAAAGCUCUUGUUGCUGAGGUAGUUGGUAAUCUGUCUAACCGUCUAAAGGAUUAUGGAGUCACUGUGAAGGAACUCAGUGGGGAUCAGUCCCUUACUCGGCAAGAGAUUGAAGAGACUCAAAUAAUCGUAACAACACCAGAGAAGUGGGAUAUCAUCACCAGGAAAUCCGGAGAUCGUACUUAUACUCAGCUAGUUAGACUUCUGAUAAUUGAUGAAAUUCACCUUCUUCACGACAACAGAGGGCCUGUGCUCGAAAGCAUUGUUGCUAGGACAGUUAGGCAGAUUGAAACCACCAAGGAUCAUAUUCGUCUGGUGGGUUUAUCGGCGACUCUACCAAAUUAUGAAGAUGUGGCCUUGUUCUUGCGGGUUGAUCUUAAGGCGGGUUUGUUUAAAUUUGACAGCAGCUACAGGCCUGUGCCUCUCUCUCAGCAGUAUAUUGGGAUUACUGUGAGAAAGCCCUUGCAGAGGUUCCAGUUGAUGAAUGAUAUAUGUUACGAGAAAGUAAUUGCCGUUGCUGGAAAGCACCAGGUCCUUAUUUUCGUGCAUUCAAGGAAGGAAACUGCGAAAACUGCCCGGGCGAUACGAGACACUGCUCUUGCCAACGAUACUCUCAGCAGAUUCUUGAGGGAAGAUAGUGCUAGUCGCGAAAUUCUCCAGAGUCAUACCGAUAUUGUCAAGAGCAAUGACUUGAAGGAUCUUCUCCCAUACGGUUUUGCAAUUCAUCAUGCUGGACUGACAAGAGGUGAUCGCCAAUUAGUCGAGGAGCUUUUUGCUGACGGGCAUGUUCAAGUUUUGGUUUCUACAGCUACUCUUGCCUGGGGAGUGAACCUGCCUGCUCAUACUGUGAUUAUCAAAGGAACCCAGGUGUAUAAUCCUGAAAAAGGUGCGUGGAUGGAGCUGAGCCCUCUAGAUGUUAUGCAGAUGCUCGGUCGUGCGGGAAGACCACAGUACGAUAAAUAUGGAGAGGGUAUAAUCAUCACUGGUCAUGGUGAGCUGCAAUAUUAUCUCUCUUUGAUGAAUGAGCAACUACCCAUCGAAAGCCAGUUUAUUUCAAAGCUCGCUGAUCAGCUUAAUGCUGAAAUCGUCCUUGGAACCGUUCAAAAUGCUAGAGAGGCUUGCCACUGGCUCGGCUAUACAUAUUUGUAUAUCCGGAUGGUUCGAAACCCGACACUCUAUGGCUUAGCACCUGAUGCUCUUGCAAAAGAUAUAACCCUCGAGGAGAGAAGGGCUGAUCUGAUACAUUCUGCUGCCACCAUCUUGGACAAGAACAACUUGGUCAAAUAUGACAGGAAGAGUGGAUACUUCCAGGUGACCGAUUUGGGACGUAUUGCGAGUUAUUAUUACAUAACCCAUGGUACCAUAUCUACGUACAAUGAGCAUUUGAAGCCAACAAUGGGUGACAUCGAGCUUUGCCGCCUUUUCUCACUGAGCGAGGAGUUCAAAUAUGUGACUGUUCGCCAAGACGAGAAGAUGGAACUGGCAAAGCUCUUGGAUCGUGUUCCGAUCCCUGUCAAGGAAACACUAGAAGAGCCCAGUGCAAAAAUCAAUGUUCUGCUGCAGGCUUAUAUUUCGCAGCUGAAGCUGGAGGGGCUUUCUCUGACAUCCGACAUGGUUUACAUCACUCAGAGUGCUGGACGUUUACUACGAGCUCUUUUUGAGAUAGUCUUGAAGCGAGGAUGGGCUCAAUUGGCUGAGAAAGCUCUGAACUUGUCUAAAAUGGUGGGAAAGAGGAUGUGGAGUGUCCAGACACCUCUCCGGCAAUUCCAUGGAAUCCCAAAUGAUAUUCUGAUGAAGUUGGAGAAGAAAGAUUUGGCGUGGGAGAGGUAUUAUGACCUUUCCUCGCAAGAGCUAGGGGAGCUUAUUCGUAAUACGAAAAUGGGCAGACCGCUUCACAAGUUCAUCCACCAGUUCCCGAAAUUGAAUCUCGCUGCACAUGUUCAGCCGAUCACUCGCACGGUAUUACAGGUCGAGCUCACGAUUACGCCUGAUUUCCAGUGGGACGACAGGAUCCAUAAAUACGUCGAACCGUUCUGGGUGUUUGUGGAAGACAAUGACGGCGAAAAGAUCCUCCAUCACGAGUACUUUCUUCUGAAAAAGCAGUACAUCGAUGAGGACCAUACUCUGAGUUUCACUGUCCCGAUCUUUGAGCCAAUGCCGCCUCAGUAUUUCAUCCGAGUGGUUUCGGACAAGUGGCUCGGUUCACAGACCGCGCUGCCUGUGUCUUUCAGGCAUCUGAUUCUGCCUGAAAAGUAUCCGCCGCCGACCGAGCUGCUCGACUUGCAACCUCUUCCUGUGACAGCGUUAAGAAACCCGUCUUACGAGGCGCUUUAUCGAGACUUCAAGCACUUCAAUCCUGUUCAGACCCAGGUAUUCACUGUUCUGUAUAACACAAACGACAAUGUUUUAGUCGCUGCCCCGACGGGAAGUGGGAAGACUAUAUGUGCAGAGUUUGCUAUACUGAGGAAUCAUCAAGAGGGACCCGAUGCUACAAUGCGCGUUGUCUAUAUUGCACCUCUCGAGGCCAUCGCCAAGGAACGGUUCCGUGACUGGGAGAAGAAGUUUGGCAAAGGGCUCGGUUUGCGGGUUGUUGAGUUAACCGGGGAAACAGCGUUGGAUCUGAAGCUACUCGAGAAAGGUCAGGUAAUCAUCAGUACUCCGGAGAAGUGGGACGCUCUUUCCCGAAGGUGGAAACAGAGAAAAUACGUUCAGCACGUUAGUUUGUUCAUCGUCGAUGAACUUCACUUGAUCGGGGGUCAAGGUGGCAACGUCUUGGAGGUGAUCGUCUCAAGAAUGAGAUAUAUAUCGAGUCAGGUCGAGAACAAGAUCCGGAUCGUCGCUCUCUCGACUUCCCUCGCCAAUGCGAAAGAUCUCGGGGAAUGGAUCGGGGCCACUUCUCAUGGUCUUUUCAACUUCCCUCCGGGAGUUCGUCCUGUCCCGCUCGAGAUUCACAUUCAGGGUGUGGAUAUAGCGAACUUCGAGGCGAGGAUGCAGGCCAUGACUAAGCCCUCGUAUACUGCUAUUAUCCAGCACGCCAAGAACAAAAAGCCUGCCAUCAUUUUCGUUCCUACCCGAAAACACGUCCGCCUCACCGCUGUGGAUCUGAUGACAUACUCGACCAUGGACAAUCUGACGAACCCCGAUUUCCUGUUGAAGAAACCGGAAGAAUUCGAGUUGUUUGUGAGCAAAAUCCACGAGGAAACCCUAAAGGAGGCUUUACGCCACGGGAUCGGAUAUUUGCACGAGGGAUUAACCGGUUUGGAGCAAGAGGUCGUGACUCAGUUUUUUGAAGCUGGAUGGAUCCAGGUCUGUGUUAUGAGCAGUUCCUUGUGCUGGGGAACACCAUUGACGGCACACUUGGUCGUCGUGAUGGGGACUCAGUACUACGACGGAAGGGAAAACUCUCGUUCUGAUUAUCCCGUCUCCGAUCUUCUCCAGAUGAUGGGCCGAGCUAGUCGGCCUCUGCUCGAUAACUCGGGGAAAUGUGUGAUCUUUUGCCAUGCGCCUCGGAAAGAGUAUUACAAGAAAUUCCUCUACGAAGCCUUCCCAGUAGAGAGUCAUUUUCAACAUUUCCUCCACGAUAAUUUCAACGCUGAAGUUGUCUCUGGUGUUGUAGAGAACAAACAAGAUGCUGUCGAUUAUCUUACUUGGACUUUCAUGUACAGACGGCUUACCCAAAACCCUAAUUACUACAAUCUCCAGGGAGUUAGCCACAGGCAUCUGUCUGAUCACCUCUCGGAGCUCGUCGAGAAUACGCUGUCAGAUCUCGAAGCCAGCAAGUGUAUCGAGAUUGAGGACGAGAUGGAUCUGUCCCCUCUCAACCUCGGUAUGAUCGCUUCGUAUUACUACAUCAGUUACACCACCAUUGAGCGGUUGUCGACAGUUUUGGCCUCGAAGACCAAGAUGAAGGGCCUUCUCGAGAUUUUGACCUCGGCUUCCGAGUAUGAUCUGAUCCCUACAAGGCCCGGGGAGGAGGACAUCGUCCGGAGACUCAUCAAUCACCAGAGAUUCUCCUUCGAGAACCCGAAAUGCACUGAUCCUCAUGUGAAAGCAAACGCCCUUCUUCAGGCCCAUUUCUCGAGACAGAACAUCGGCGGGAAUCUAGCAAUGGAUCAGCGAGAGGUCCUCUUAUCCGCAACCAGGCUUCUCCAGGCUAUGGUCGAUGUGAUUUCGAGCAAUGGGUGGCUGAACCUCGCGCUGUUGGCUAUGGAGGUAAGCCAGAUGGUGACUCAGGGCAUGUGGGAGCGUGACUCCAUGCUUUUGCAGCUCCCUCACUUCACGAAAGACUUGGCCAAGAGGUGCCAAGAGAAUCCCGGGAAAAGCGUCGAGACCGUGUUUGAUCUCGUGGAGAUGGAGGACGACGAACGUCGGGAGCUUCUCCAGAUGUCAGAUUCUCAGCUCCUCGACAUUGCCCGAUUCUGCAACCGGUUCCCGAACAUCGAUCUCACCUACGAGGUUGUGGACAGCGAAGGCGUGACACCCGGAAGAGAAGUAACGCUACAGGUGACGCUGGAGAGGGACAUGGAAGGAAGAAGCGAGGUGGGACCGGUGGACGCGGGUCGAUACCCGAAGACGAAGGAAGAAGGGUGGUGGCUGGUGGUGGGGGACACGAACACGAACCAGUUGCUGGCAAUAAAACGGGUUUCGCUGCAACGUAAGGCGAGGGUGAAGCUCGAUUUCACCGCCCCGACCGAGCCGGGAGACAAGUCCUACACCCUCUACUUCAUGUGCGACUCCUACUUGGGCUGCGACCAAGAGUACUCUUUCUCCCUCCACGUCACAGAUUCCGACAUGAAAGAGUGAUUCUGUUUCUGUUCUUGUUUCUUUGUGGUUGUAUAACUUUAUAGUUUAUGUACUCUUUACCCUUUGGAUUUUGGCUUGUAACGAUGUUGGAAUUAUCUCUACGCAUAUCGACUGACGACUUGGAGAACGGGGUCAGUGGUUCGGUAUUCGGUACGAUAUUUGAUCGGUUCGAUUAUCUAA